AUGGGGAAAAUGUUAACUGGCAAAAGAAAAGUCUUAUCUUCAGGUCUUGUCGCUGUAGAAAUGCUGUUAGGAUGGACCUUAAUGUCUUCAGUAAUUGAGUACCAUAUUCAAAAAUGUGAAAGAUUUGAAAAAUCUUUGAAGAAAAGACUUUUGGAGAGUUUCUACAUUGAUAAUGUCGUUACUAGUGUCGACAGUAAAGACCAAUUAGAUCGAUUCAUCGACAAUUCUAAAACCUUGAUGGCAAAAGGUGGUUUUGAUCUUAGAGAAUGGGAAUGGUCUGGCGACUGUGAAACUAAUUCAAAGGAAGAAACUCAGGUAUUAGGUCUUAUUUGGAAUAAGAAAUUAGACACUUUGAAAAUUAACAUGAAAUGGCUGGAUGACAUUAAUGUGGAAAAAUUAACUAAAAGGAGUAUGUUAUCUACAGUACAUAAAGUAUUUGAUCCUUUUGGAUUCACUGCACCAGUGAUGCUUUGUCCAAAAAUAAUGCUACAAAAGGCAUGGAAAUUAGGUACAAGUUGGGAUGAAGAAAUAACUGGUGAGCUUCGUAAAGAAUUUCUACAGUGGUUUCAAGAACUUAAGCAUUUGUCUGAUAUACAGAUUCCUAGGUGUGUUCAAGCAUCUUCAAAAGAUAUAAGUAACUGCACUUUUCAUACGUUUGUUGAUGGAAGCAAAGAUGCAUAUGCUGCUGUUACAUUCCUUAGAAUAGAAAAUAAUGGUCGAAUCGAGCUAUUUCUACUUGCAGCGAAAUUUCGAGUGGCUCCUUUAAGAGGCACAACUAUCCCAAGAAUGGAACUUCUUGCGGCGGUGAUUGGAGCGAGGCUAGCGAAUUCAGUUGUUGAAGCUCUUGGUUGGAAAAAUGUUACGAUAUAUUACUGGAGUGAUUCUACAACAGUGCUUGCAUGGAUAUUACGGGAAGAAAAUUGGCCUGUCUUCGUUAGGAAUAGAGUUCAAGAGAUAAGGAAGUUGAGUAAUCCUACAUCAUGGAGACACAUACCUGGUGAUAAGAAUCCGGCAGAUUUACCUUCCAGAGGCUGCAAGGCAAAACAUCUAGUCUCCCUAAGAUGGUGGGAGGGUCCACAAUGGAUGAAAAAUGCUUUUCAAUUUCAAAACAUUAUGGGUUCCUCCAACCAUGAUUGGAAUGAAGAAGAGAUUAGAAAGGAAAAGUCUAAGACGACUUAUAUAUUAUCAAAUAAUGAAGCCUGUGGUGUUGCAAACUGGUACUACAGAUAUUUUUCGAACUAUGAUAGAAUAGUUCGUCUUGUUGCAUGGAUCCUCCGCUUCAAGAACAACUGUAAAAAUAUAACUGAGAAGAAGCAUGAAGAAAAGAGAUUAAAAACCCUACAAGUAUUUAAAGACGAUAUUGGCAUCAUCCGUUUGAAAACUAAAAUUAUUUAUCGCAAGGACAGUGAAGAUUUUCUUAAACCUAUUGUUCUUCCUCCGGAGCAUGAAGUGGUAAAACGGUUAAUCUAUAAUGCUCACGUUAAGAACUGUGAUGCUGGAGUCCAGAUACUAUUGAAUGCACUUAGAGAAAAGUACUGGAUCCUAAAUGGAAGAAAAGCGAUAACUGGCGUUUAUAUGGCUGGACCUUUAUUCCUUAAAGAAGACAAGAAGAGCUGGGUUCUGAUUUUUACUUGUGCAGUGUACAGAGCAGUUCAUUUCGAGCUUGUUACUGCUGCAUCGACCGAUGUUUUUUUAAUGGCGUUUAGGAGAUUUGUUUCUCGCAGAGGAAGAUGCACAACAAUAUACUGCGAUAAUGGUUCCAAUUUUGUUGGAGCAGCCAACUAUUUAAAACAACUGGAUUGGAACCGUAUCCAAAAAUAUGGAGCAAUAUAUUGA